CAAGGAUUUAAGGCGACCUCGGUGCAUGAUGACCUGCUUCGCUACCCUUUCAGGAGGCACCAACCCAGGCGGCUCCUGGGCGUUUUAUCGGUUGAAGUCCAAAGCAGAGGAACGUGGUUUUGAGGGGUUCUCCCCACCAGCAGAAACCAAUUCCCAACACCUGAGGUGCCGCCAUCGCCGCCGGAGGCGCUCAAGCCCAAUCCCGACGGCCGCCAAGCCAUGAAGUUCAUAAGAAACAGAAGAAGCUGGGCUGAGAUUGAGACAGUGCGAACCACGUGACCGACCUCCAGUCAGUUAGGCGAGCGCCCCAGACCCGGCGCCACGCGGUUCCCCCGAGGCGGAGCAGCGGUGGCGGCGCCUUUCGCUGGGUCACGUGGUUCCGCUGUGACGUCAUUUCCCCGCCCACUCCGGGGCAUUUAGAACGCCGAGGAGUAGUUUUCGAGGCUCGGCAUAUGGGCGCGCGCGUGGCUCGGAGCGAACAGGCGAGCAGCUCGCAAGCAAGCGAGCAGGCAAAAGAGCGAGGAGUAGUAGCCGCCCUGUGGCAGAAGCAAGCGCCGAGGGGAGGAGAAGCAACGCAAACCCUACAUUUUGCAAGCGACAAAUCCGCCUCUUGUGCCCGAAAACGCCGCUCGACAGCUCGCGGCGCUGCAGCCGGAACCGGCAUCGACUAGCAACAGGGUGCAGCAAAUCUUUUAUGGGGUGCUGAAAACGUGUAAGGUUUGAAUGGAAAAAACAUGAAGAGUUUGAAAGCCAAGUUCAGGAAGAGUGAUACCCAUGAGUGGAAUAAGAAUGAUGACCGACUCCUCCAAGCUGUGGAUAAUGCAGAUCUGGAGAAAGUGGCUUCUCUUUUGGGCAAAAAGGGGGCCAGUGCAACCAAACAUGACAGUGAAGGCAAGACUGCCUUCCAUCUUGCUGCCUCUAAAGGAUAUAGCGAAUGUCUCAGGCUUAUGAUUACACAUGGCGCAGAUGUUACAACUCUGGAUGGAACAGGGCACAGUGCUUUACACCUUGCGGCCAAGAAUAACCAUGUUGACUGCAUCAAGAGACUUCUUCAGUCCAAAUGUCCAGCAGAGAACACAGAUAGCUCCGGGAAAACUGCUUUACACUAUGCAGCUACCUAUGGUUACCUUCAAAUAACUCAGCACCUGUGUGAACACAAGUGUCCAAUUAACAUAAAAGAUGUGGAAGGAAAUACACCUUUCUUACUUACAGUACAAAAUGGCCACUCUGAAGUAUGCAAAUACCUUCUAGAUCAUGGGGCAGAUGUCAACUCCCGGGACAAAAAUGGCAGAACUGCUUUGAUGCUGGCCUGUGAAGCUGGAAAUCUGAACAUUGUGGAAACCCUGAUCCGAAAAGGGGCAGAUAUAAAUUUGGCAGAUGCACUUGGACACAAUGCCCUACAUUACUCCAUGCUUUCCGAAAAUACAGGAAUUCAGAAUCUCCUUCAAUCCAAAAUGGUUCAAGAGGCUGAUGCCAAGUCACCGAUCAAGUCAAAGCAGCAUGAUGAAGUCUCUAAAUUAAGUUCAGAAAGAAGUGGAACUCCAAAAAAACGCAAAGCCCCUCCACCUCCUCCCAUCAGUCCUAUCCAGCUUGCUGACCAUUCUUCAUCACAUGCAACAACUCCAACCCCAGCAUCUGGAAAAGACCAGCUCUUUGCCCAACGAGGAUCCAAGCAGGAAGAUACCAGUGCUAUUCUGUCUGAUUGCAAAGAUGGGAUAAGGGAGAGCACUGUAGGUGCUAAUAGUUUAUUGGAUGUGAGUUCAGAAACAGAUCAGCAAGAUUUGCUCCUGACGUUGCAAGGAAAAGUUGCUUCUUUAACAUUACAAAAUAAGAAAUUGCAAGAAAAACUUCAGGCAAGAGCCUUCAAAACAGAAGAUACAGACACCACAAUGGAAUCUUCUUGUUCCACCCACACGGAAUUUGGUGCCUUCACUAACAGGCUGAGUGAAGGCUCGGCAGUAUCAGCUGAGGACAUAAGCACAUCUUCCCUGUUCUUGGCACAGGCUCAGGAAGAAGCAAGCUCUAAUGAAUUAAAAAUUAAACAGUUACAAGAAAGCUUAGAAGAAGUACAGAAGAGACUAGAUAGUUCAGAAGCAAAGAGGUUGCACUUGGAGUCACAGCUUCAGUCUAGCAUGCUGGAGGAAGGUCCUUUGUUGAACAGCUCAGAAAUUUCAGAGAAUGGCUCUGACCUCAAUCAGAAACUCAAAGAAACUCAAAUCAAAUACGAAGAAGGAGUGAAGGAGAUGCUGCAUGUCCAGGGACAAAUGAAACUCGACCUGGUAACUUCAGAAGGCAAAGAGCCUGACCUGCAGGAGAUCAAAACAACCUGUGAAGAAGUUGAGCUGCUGAAGGAAGAGCUGAAGAAAGCUCAAGAAGAUGAUGAAAUGCUGAAAGUGAAGGUGAAGGAAUUAGAAAUAAAGCUGGAAGAAUGGGAGAGAAAUGCAGCUGGCAUAAUGUCUGUGGAAGAAUGUGAGGAGAUGAAAAAGUCAUAUUGUUCAGUUAUUGAAAAUAUCAACCAAGAGAAGGUGUUGCUAAUUGAAAAAUAUAAGGAAGGACAGGAAGAAAUCAAAAAGCUUCAAGACAGACUGAAGGCUCAGAUGGAAUUAGAGCAGAGUGAUGAAGCUGAAGAGGUGAAGGUUGCAAAGAACCAAAUGAUAAAUGAACUCAACAGGCAGGUUAGUGAACUUUCGCAAAUGUACAAAGAAACCCAGGCAGAACUUGAAGAUUGCAGGAAGAAAAGCACUCCAGAAGACAUAAGUUCCAGAUACAUACCUCUGGAGGAAUAUGAGAAGCUAAUGGAGGCCAUCGUCUCGCAGAGAGAACAAGCUGAACAUGCUUUAUUGGAAAUGAAGACACAAUAUACAAAAGUGUUAAGUGAAGUGACACAACUCCAAAACUUGGUUGAUGCUCAAAAGGAGAAUUCUGUCUCCAUCACAGAACAUCUUCAAGUAGUUACUGCUCUCCAGACCUCGGUGAAGGAGAUGGAAGAAGAAAUAAGUGAGCUCAAAGAGCAGAUUCUUCAUAAGGAGAGUGAGGUACAGCGUCUGCAAAAGGAGUUGUUAGAAGAAGAAGCUGCAGUGUGCGAAGCCAUGGUGCCUAGAAUAUUGUAUGAAGAGCUCCGGUCUUCUUCAGAAAAUGAAGUCAACACCUUGUCAUCCAAGCUGAAGGAUUUAAUGAAAGAAAAGGAGACCUUGUCUGCCAAUCUUGCACAGUUGAAGAAGGAGAUCUCACAAGUGAAAGGGGAGAAGGAGAACCUCCAAGGUCUUCUCCAAGCCAGGGAAGAGGAAAUCAAAGGACUACUUCAUCAGUAUCAUAAGUCUCAAGAAGAACUCCUCGUAAUGAAAAAAGCUUCUGAGAGUGCCUUAAAAAUGGAUGAAGACAAAGAUAAAAAGAUAACAGACAUGUCCAAGGAAGUUACCAAGUUAAAGGAAGCGUUGAACAGUCUUUCCCAGCUGUCUUACUCAACUGGUACACCUAAACGACAAAGUCAGCAGCUGGAGCUGUUGCAGCAGCAAGUGAAGCAGUUACAAAACCAACUGGCUGAAACAAAGAAGCAACAUCAGGAGAUAGUUUCUGUUUACAGAACACACCUGCUUUAUGCUGUGCAGGGCCAGAUGGAUGAAGAUGUCCAGAAAGUGCUUAAACAGAUUUUAACAAUGUGUAAAAACCCAUCACAAAAAAAAGGUGAAACUGUUUUUGUGGAUCCCUGAUGGUGUUGCUGCUGCUGCUGCAGAAUUUGAAACUCACCUUAGAAAGAUUUCCAAAGUGCUAAUUUUGCAUGUUGGACACAAAUGCAGAAUUCUCCAGAGAUUGCAGUUUACGAUAAAUCAGGGAUGAUCAACAUUUGACCUUCAGUAUUAGACCGUGGUUGUGUAUUUUCAUGGAUUAUGAUGAGUUGAGGCAAACUUUCACCAUUUUGAUUAUAAGCAGCUGCACCAUUUGAAGUUGGAGGCAGAAAUUAAUUGUUCAUUUCCUGGUUAUUUUUAAAUGGAUAAAAUUACCUUCUUUAUAUUUUUAGGCCUUCAGAUGCCCAAUAUAAUCUAGAAGCUAAUGAUAAGUAGGACAACUUCGCCUUGUUCUGUAAAGCCAGCUGCAGUGUUUUGUUUUUAUUUAUCAAGUAAUUUAUGGACUGUAAGAGCACCAGAUUUGUGAUAUGUAUUAAAUAGGUAACAUAAAAUAUAGCCAUGUACUAAAUGGUGUGGAACCAUGACCUUUUAUGACUUGUGGACUACAACUCCCAGAAUUCCUCAGCCAGCAUGGCUAUCUCAGGAAUUCUGGAAGUUGAAGUCCACAAGUCAUAAAAGGGUUAUGGUUCCCCACCCCUGUACUAAAACUAGUAAAUACUUCUGAAAUAGCUAAUUGCUAAAACCUCAGUUUCAUUAUCAGGCAGGAAAUAAACUAUCUAUGCAAAAUUUUGCAGUUCUAUUGGAAGUAGAACUUAGAAGAGGGAAAAGGGUAUUUCAAAUUGCAAGCAAGCGAUCUGACUGAAUUCAUGAUGUUUACAGUGAGUUAUCUUAUCUCACAGUUCCAAACCUCACUUUUGUAAAGAAAAUAAAAAUCUUCUCUAUGAUAUAUUUUUACUGGCCCUCAAAUUUAGAAAAAGCCUUUAUAAUGAAAUUUGUUUGCUUAUGUAAUACUUUUUUUGCAAUAGACUUUAAUAAGAAUUUACGCCAUUGCUUUCUUGGUUUUCUCCCCUAACCCCACUCUGUAAUAAAAUUGGUGGAAGUAGUCCACUCUAGAAAACUUGUGCUGAAGUAGAAUUGUCCGUGUAUUUUAGAUAUCUUGUUGUUUUCUUUUCCAAAAUGCUGUAACAAUUAAAGCAGAGAAAAACCUGUUUCCAGAAAUGUUUGUUGCAUUAAAUUAAUAUAAUAUAGGGAUGAUUCUACAAAUUUCAAUGGUGCCUAAAAAUUAUUGUGAAUGAUGAUAACCAAUAGUAUUAGAGCAGUGUUUCUCAGCCUUGGCAACUUGAAGAUGCACGCACUUCAACUCUCAGAAUUUGCAAAGCUGGCUGGGGAAUUCUGCGAGUUGAAGUCCACGCAUCUUCAAGUUGCCAAGGUGGAGAAACACUGUAUUAGAAUAUCAUUUUGGGAAAGCAGGAAGAAAUAUCUUUAUCUUCUAUUUUAAGGACAUGUUUAUACUGCUAAUUGGUUUCUAGAAUCAGUUUCAAACUACCAUAUAUUCCGGCGUAUAAGACGACUUUUGAGAGUGUUGAAACAGGUGCCGAACUCGGGGGUCUUAUAUGCCAAAUCGUCUUAUACGCUGGAAAUAAUGGUAGUUUCUGGCGUAUAAGACAACUUUCUAGGCGCGCGACUUGGCGUUGAUCGUCUUAUAUGCUGGAAAUACUGGUAGUUUCCGGCAUAUAAGACGACUUUCUAGGCAUGUGACUUGGCGUCGAUUGUCUUGCGACUCGGCGUCAAAGUCGGGGGUUGUCUUAUAUGCCGGGUCGCCCUAUACGCUGGAAUAUACGGUAGUGUGAUCGUAUUCCAAACUAGUGUGAGCUUGCCAAGGGUGUCAGUUAUUUUGUGAAAGAAUAUCAUAUAAAUAUAGGAUUCCCAGUAUUCAGUUGAUGAAUGGCAUAACUUGCAGAAUUAAAUAGAUUAAACCAAUUUACGCUUCUAAUGUAAACAUGUAUUUUCAUGAGCACUCGUAUUUCAGAAACUGACGGUGGGCACCACAUUUGAAAACUAGACAGUACUGAUUAAAGUUUUAAAACAGAACUGUAAAAUGAAUAAAUGCAUCACUCCAGCUCUCUCCAUGGGUUAAAAAUAAAUCCCCAAAUCUAAACAAUGUAUAUUUUCUCCAAAGCAAAGAACCAUUUUGUGUCUUCAUGGAAUAACUUAAUUAUAACACAGCCUCACCCCAUAAAGAACCUCAGUGGCCUGUAAUAAAUGGCAAAUAAUUGUCAGUAUCUCAGGGCUAUCACCUUCACCAGUCACUUACAUUCUUCUCCCAUUUACUUUUCCUUUCUUCUUUUUUCUUUUUCUUUGUGUUUUUUUUUGUUUGUUUGUUUUUUUGUGGUGGUCUUUUUGAUACAGUGAGCAGAAUUUUGAACUCUUGGAUCUUUUCCUUUCUCGUUCUUUUUUCUGUCUUUCUCAGUAUUUGAACAAUUUGAGACAAUAUUUCUUCAAACAGCACCUAUUUUAAUACUUCAAGGGGGUGGGUGGGAACUUUUGCAGCAUUUACCAGCAAAACAAACAAAACACGAUAACUAACAGAAGCCAAUAAACACUGCCAGGUGCAACACUUGAGGAACCAUUUUGUAGGUUUGCCUAACAUUUUUAUUUUGUUACAUGUAUUUAUUAACGAUUAUCCUUGUGGACGCAUUGGAAAUUGUAUACUAUAGCAUAGUAAUAGUUCUUUGUACAUUUACAGAAAUUUCCUUAUUCAGCAAAUAAAAAACGUUUUUUGUCCAUGUU